UGAGGAGGGGCGGGGCGCGAGGGGCGGGACCUCGGGUGGCCCGAGGUGGCCCGGCUGCUGGGUCUGAAGCGGCGCAAUCCGGCGCAUCCCGACCCCGGGAUGGCGUCCCCACGGGAACUGACCCAGAACCCCCUGAAGAAGAUCUGGAUGCCGUACAGCAAUGGGAGGCCGGCUCUGCACGCCUGCCAGCGCGGUGUGUGCAUGACCAACUGCCCGACGCUCAUUGUCAUGGUGGGUCUGCCUGCCAGGGGCAAGACCUACAUCUCUAAGAAGCUGACUCGAUACUUGAACUGGAUCGGUGUGCCCACUCGGGAAUUCAAUGUUGGCCAGUAUCGCCGGGACAUGGUCAGGACGUACAAAUCAUUUGAGUUUUUCCUCCCAGACAAUGAAGAGGGGCUGAGAAUCAGGAAACAGUGUGCCCUGGCAGCCCUCCGUGAUGUCCGGCGGUUCCUCAGCGAGGAGGGCGGGCACGUGGCGGUUUUUGACGCAACAAAUACCACCCGAGAAAGGAGAGCAACCAUCUUUAAUUUUGGGGAGCAGAAUGGCUACAAGACCUUUUUUGUCGAAUCCAUCUGUGUGGAUCCUGAGGUCAUAGCUGCCAACAUCGUGCAAGUCAAACUGGGCAGCCCCGACUACGUCAACCGCGACAGUGACGAGGCCACCGAGGACUUCAUGAGGCGCAUCGAGUGCUACGAGAACUCGUACGAGUCGCUGGACGAGGACCUGGACAGGGACCUGUCCUACAUCAAGAUCAUGGACGUGGGGCAGAGCUACGUGGUGAACCGCGUGGCUGACCACAUCCAGAGCCGAAUCGUGUAUUACCUCAUGAACAUCCACGUGACCCCGCGCUCCAUCUACCUCUGCCGGCAUGGGGAAAGCGAGCUCAACCUCAAGGGCCGGAUUGGUGGGGACCCGGGGCUGUCCCCCCGUGGCAGGGAGUUUGCUAAGAGCCUGGCCCAGUUCAUCAGUGAUCAGAACAUCAAGGACCUGAAGGUGUGGACAAGCCAGAUGAAGAGAACGAUCCAGACAGCUGAGGCGCUGGGUGUGCCCUACGAGCAGUGGAAGGUCCUCAACGAGAUUGAUGCGGGUGUCUGUGAGGAGAUGACCUACGAGGAAAUUCAAGAUCAUUAUCCACUGGAGUUCGCCCUGCGGGACCAGGACAAGUACCGGUACCGGUACCCCAAGGGGGAGUCCUAUGAGGACCUGGUGCAGCGACUGGAGCCUGUCAUCAUGGAGCUGGAGCGGCAGGAGAACGUGUUGGUCAUCUGCCACCAGGCCGUGAUGCGCUGCCUCCUGGCCUACUUCCUGGACAAGGCGGCAGAACAGCUGCCCUACCUCAAAUGCCCGCUGCACACAGUCCUGAAGCUGACCCCCGUGGCUUACGGCUGUAAAGUGGAGUCCAUAUUCCUGAAUGUGGCGGCUGUGAACACGCACCGGGACAGGCCUCAGAAUGUGGACAUCUCGAGGCCUCCGGAGGAAGCCCUCGUCACAGUUCCCGCUCACCAGUGACGGCCUUGUCUGCUGUGACCCCUGGGCAGGCGUGGAUCUCUGCACACGAGCAUUCCAGACGCCCUCAGUCUGUGUGACACCGUGCAGGA